AUGGCGAGACUUGGCAGCGGAGAAAUGGCAAUCCCAUACAAAUGCCAGGAGUGUGGGAAAUGUUUUGCUUUCAGUUCAGCCUUGGUGAGGCACAAAAGACUCCACACAGGAGAGAAGCCAUACCAGUGCCAGGAGUGUGGGAAAUGUUUUGCUUGCAGUUCAACCUUGGUGAGCCACAAAAGACUCCACACAGGAGAGAAGCCAUACCAGUGCCAAGAGUGUGGGAAAUGUUUUGCUUACAGUUCAACCUUGGUGAGCCACAAAAGACUCCACACAGGAGAAAAGCCAUACAAAUGCCAGGAGUGUGGGAAAUGUUUUGCUGAAAGUUCAGCCUUGGUGAGCCACAAAAGACUCCACACAGGAGAGAAGCCAUACCAAUGCCAGGAGUGUGGGAAAUGUUUUGCUGACAGUUCAAACUUGAUGAGGCACAAAAGACUCCACACAGGAGAGAAGCCAUACCAAUGCCAGGAGUGUGGGAAAUGUUUUACUGACAGUUCAGCCUUGUUGAUCCACAAAAGAGUCCACACCAGGGAGAAGCCAUACAAAUGUGAGGAGUGUGGGAAAUGUUCUGUUUCCCAUUCAGACUUGGUGAAACACAAAAGACUCCACACAGGAGAGAAGCCAUACCAAUGCCAGGAGUGUGGGAAAUGUUUUGCUGACAGUUCAAACUUGAUGAGGCACAAAAGACUCCACACAGGAGAGAAGCCAUACCAAUGCCAGGAGUGUGGGAAAUGAUUUGCUUACAGUUCAAACUUGAUGAGCCACAAAAGACUCCACACAGGAGAGAAGCCAUACCAAUGCCAGGAAUGUGGGAAAUGUUUUGCUGACAGUUCAGCCUUGGCGAAGCACAAAAGAAGCCACACAGGAGAGAAGCCAUAUAAAUGCCAUGAAUGUGGAAAAUGUUUUACUCAGAGUUCAGCUCUUAACCAGCACCAGAGAACACAUACCGGCUAAAAAACAGCCAUUGUGGGUAAAUGUCUGAUUUCAAACAGGACCCUUUGAGAAGUUUUGCGUCAGAUUUGGUGGAGUCCCGUUCUUGUCAUUUGAACCUGUAAGUUGGAGGUCCUGUUCUCUGGAGCAGCAGAAAGCAAGCUCUGUGUGACAAUCCCUCAGAGCAGUGGUUCUCAACCUGUGGGUCCCUAGAUGUUUUGGCCUUCAACUCCCCUAAAUCCUAACAGCUGGUAAACUGGCUGGGAUUUCUGGGAGUUGUAGGCCAAAACACCCGGGGACCCACAGGUUGAGGACCACUGCUUCAGUGUCAGUCCCUGGAAGGUGUAGGAGACAAAGAUAGGCUCACACAGCUUGUAGCCAUGGAAAACUUUAUUGAAUCCGCCUUGCCAAAAUGGCCGCAAAGCUUCUACUGCCCGUCUUCCGCUCUUUCCCCUCAGUAUAUUGGGUGGUUGCUUCCCUCCUCCCUUCACGUCUCUUCUUCUCCAUUCACACCUCCCUUUCCUUUUGUCCUUUCCCACGUUUGAAGACCAGACCCCGUCAUAAAUCAGCCUUCCCAGCCAAAUGGUCUUCUUUAUCCGAUUUGUUGUAGUCAGGUGUGAAGAGAACAGCUUGGAGAAUGCUGAUCUUUUUGCAUCCUGACAUUCAGAGAGUUAAAUAUUAAGUUAAGUCUUGUCACCUCGUCUGAAAAGAAAUAAACCAUAUGUGAUUCCAUCACUUGUUCCUCUGGUCUUAGUUUCCAGCUCCAUUUCCACCUUGGUUUAAAUGUCCAGUUUGUGAACGUUGUGCCCCUACAGACACAUCCUCUGUUUUCCUCUUUAGUCAGGACUGGUCAGCUUGAAUAUUGUAAAUGGCCGUUAUGGGAGGGAUCCAGAGUUAGCCCCUUCCCUUUCAGACAGUGGCUCUCAACCAGCGGUCCACGGACUACCAGUGGUUCGCAAGAACUAAAAUACGGUCUGCCUUCUAACCUUCCCUUCCUUUGCUUUCUUUUUUCUUGCCCUUCCUUUUCUCUUCCCUUCCUUCCCUUCCUUUGUCUUCUUUUCUCUUGCCCUUCCUUUUCUCUUCCCUUCCUUCCCUUUGCCUUUUCUCUUGCCCUUCCUUCCCUUUUCUUCCUUCUUUCCUUCUAUCCUUGUCUUCUUGUCCCUUCCUUUGCCUUCUUUUCUCUUGCCCUUCAUUCCUUCCUUUUUCUCUUCCCUUCCCAUCCUGCCCUUUGCUGCCUUUUCUCUUCCUCUUCCAUCCUUUUUCUCUUCCCUCCCUUUUCUCCCCUUUGCCUUUUCUCUUGCCCUUCCUUCCUUUUUUCUUCCCUUCACUUCCGUUCCUUUUCCUUCUUUUCUCUUGCCCUUCCUUCCUUUUUCUUUCUCUUCCCUUCCCUUCCUUUGCCUUCUUUUCUCUUGCCUUCUUUCCUUGCUUUUUCUUGCUCUUCGCUUGCCUUCCCUUCCUUUGCCCAUCAUAUGUUAUGGACUGGAGUAGAGUACAAUAUAUGUCUCAUUUGAUGCCUUAUGAACUUGAAUGCAAACUAUAAUUGUUUUUAUUAAUCUGUUUAUCCUAUUAUAUUAUAUUAUUGAUGUACUCUGAUUGUUGUUUAUGUGAGUUUAAUAUGUCGUAAGCCUCUUUGGGUCCAGUGAGGGAGAAAAGCAGGAUAUAAAUAAAGAUUCAUCAUCAUCAUCAUCA